UAUAUUUCAGUGUUAAAUGAAAUUUACUCAGUAAAGUGAAAGAAAAUGAAGCAAGCAGUCAUAUUAAUCGCGUUUCUCGCUGCUCUGGCACAACAUGUCAGAGCUGUCGAAUUGAACGUUUCGAAACCUGUCGAAGGUGAAGAUGUCCUCGCAAAGAAAAUCGAAAGUCGCAUUAAUGGCAGAAUUGCCCCAGUCGAUGGUGAGCGUUUUAUAGUCAGCUUAUCGAGAAUGAAUUGGUUCGCUGCUUACGGGUUUUGUAGCCAACAGAAUGCGAAACUUCUAUCAUUGGAAUUAGGGAAAGACGACAUUAAAAAGCAACAGUUUACUGAUUUUAUUAACUUGUACCAUAUCCAAAUUCGUAACUACUGGCUAAGCGGUAAUCGGCUAGAAGAUGAUAUAACCUUCCGUUGGGGGCUGGGUGGUCUACCACUAUCCUACACCGAUUGGGCUAAAAAUGAGCCUGACAAUUUCGGAGGACAACAGCGUUGCAUGAGAUUAUAUACAGAUAUGACUUGGGAUGAUGAUGGCUGUGUCUCUAUAAAUUAUGCUGCGUGUCAAAAGUAUUAAUUAGUGCUUUCUUUAAUCGUUUUAUUUGCAAUUAGAAAUGUCUAUUUUCAUUUGUAAUAUAUAAUAUAAAAAAAUUC